UUAUCGUUUAAGCUGGUCUGGGGCGGUGAGGAAAUGAAAUCUUGCACGUGGGAAUAGUGAUACAUCCUGUUUUGUUUUUUCCUCUAAGGAUACUGUUGUGCCUUUUUCAACCGUGCCUUGCAUGUGGUGAUUUUGGAUUACCAGUCGCAGCCGACAUUUAUCUGUAAGGAAACCGUGCUGAUUUAUCUGCCUUAUCAUGGCGGACACUGGAGAGGGUGAUUCUGAGUACAGAAUCAAAGAGGGUGACAACGUAGUAUUAAAACGUGGGGACAUUUUCAAAGCUGUGCAAAUUCAACUCAAAAAGAAGAUUAUUUUUGAGAAACAAUGGUUCUUCUUAGACAAUGCAAUUGGGCAUCUCUAUAGAUCUACGUUCGAAAUCGUCUCUGGAAACCUGCAGGCACAGACAGCCAAGACCACACAGAGCUCAUCUGAUGCCAAAGAGGCGGGCACAGACAACAGGAACAUUGUAGAUGAUGGGAAAUCCCAGAAACUGACCAGGGAUGACAUCGAGACACUCAAAGAGCAAGGUCUGAAGGGUCAGGAAAUCAUUCAGCAGCUCAUAGAGAACAGCUCCACAUUCAGGGAUAAGACAGAGUUUGCUCAGGACAAGUACAUCAAGAAGAAAAAGAAGAAGUAUGAAAACACAAUAAUGAUUCUCAAACCUUCCUGUCGCAUCCUGGCGAUGAUGUACCACGGCCGAGAACCUGGCAAGAUCUGCCACCUGCGGUACGACACACUGGCCCAGAUGUUGACUCUGGCAAACAUCCAUGCAGGCAGCAAAGUCUUGGUGUUUGAGACCUGUGCAGGCCUCGUGCUGGGAGCUGUCAUGGAAAGAAUGGGAGGCUAUGGUUCAGUGAUUCAGAUGUACCCAGGAGGAGGACCUGCUCGAGCCGGUGUGGAGAACUUCGGCUUCCCUGCACAUUUCCAUGAUACACUGCAUGAUUUUCCCAUCUGUCACGUCAAUGCUCUGCUGGCAGGCACUCUGGACACAAGCCACAAAGACACAAAUAAAAAAGAGUCUGACCAGGCUGCAGAGGACAAGCAGAACCAGCCUGAGGCAGAACCGCAGGACAGUCCAGAAGAACAGACGAUGGAGACAGGUGGGAAUAAUGAGACUGCCAUGGACCAAGAGAGAAAAGAGAAGGAACAACGCAGAGAAGCCAAAGCUGAGGAGAAGCGAAGGAAGCUGGCAGCUGCCGCAGCUUUGCUGGAAGGCAGAAAUGCUGACGGAUUAAUCAUCGCUAGUCGAUUCCACCCCUGUCCAGUUCUAAUGGGGCUGCUUAAAUUCCUCUCCCCCUCCAGGCCAUUCGUUGUCUACAGUCAGUACAAAGAGCCUCUUGUCGAGUGCUUCACAAAGCUGAAGGAACACGGCGGUACUGUCAACCUCAGACUAACAGACACGUGGCUCCGACAUUAUCAGGUGUUGCCUAACAGGACCCAUCCUCUGCUGCUGAUGAGUGGGGGCGGGGGCUACAUUCUUUCAGGGACAACUGUUGCCGUGGACAGCGCCAAACCUUCAGGCUCCACACCAGCCGAGGAACCAGCAACAAAGAAAAUGAAACUGACGGACACUGUGGAAUAAACACACACGCAAACGCAUUCAGAACAGCUCGCCGGUCUGACCUUUGUUUCCUACUCAAAUUAUUUGACAGGUCUGUAAUUCCUGUUAAAUGUGUUAACAGUGCAGCUGUAUGUUCUGAAAUAUUUUCUUUCAACAUGACAUUAACCAUUUAUUGUAUUGAGAAUGACAAAUUAAACUAACUGUGUUG